AUGUGUAGCUUGUUAUACGCACUUUUUGCCAGCGCAGUCAUUGCGACCCCGCUUGGCGGGGAUAAUGUCAUGAAACGACAGGGCUUUGAUGGACCGGUGAACCCGGGAAGACGCCAGAUUGCGGUUGGCACAGUACUGCUGAAGAUGAGAUUUUCACCUGUGCAUACUUUGAAGAGCAAUGGGAGCUCACUCACGACUAAUUUGUGGCCAGGAAUCUUAGCAUGGAGGAUUGCAGUGGCAUUCGGGUUGAAAAUUCUUCUACAGGGCCGAACCAGGCGACUCUUGCUGCUUUUCAUUGCCGAAAAGUUUGGAUGGCUGAGCGUGUGGUACUUCAUAACGUGGAAUCCGGCGGUGAAAGACGACUGCUCUGCUCUAUGGGCUGGGUAUUACUAUUGCACCAGGGAUUACCACAGAGGUGCAUCGACUUGA